UGAAAGAAGAAGUCAGUUGUCGAGUUGUGCUGGCAUUAUCAAAAAAAGAUUUUUGAGCUGGUAUAAAUUUCAAUAAAUCUUACGAUUUUUAGGCGAAAACAUGGUUUCUGUGUUGAAUACAAUUGAUACUGGACAUGAAGAUAUGAUCCACGGCGCAGAAGUGGAUUACUAUGGGCUUCGAUUGGCAACUUGUUCAUCAGAUAAUUCUGUGAAAAUAUUCGAUAUAAAAAGUGGAGCUCAAACACUCGCAGCAGAUUUGAAAGGUCACUGUGGACCGGUCUGGCAAGUUGCCUGGGCUCAUCCUCGCUAUGGCAACAUUAUCGCGUCUUGCUCUUAUGACCGUAAGGUGAUUAUUUGGAAAGAGGCCGGCCUCGGUGAUUGGAACCAAUGGUUUGAAUAUAGUAAUCAUGAUUCAUCGGUCAAUUCUGUUGCUUGGGCCCCAGCAGAAUAUGGACUGAUAUUAGCUUGUGGAAGCUCUGAUGGAUCCAUUUCCAUUUUAACUGCCAACGUAGAAGCAGGAACUUGGGAUUCUAAAAAAAUUUCAAAUGCCCAUAGUAUUGGGUGUAACACAGUAAGUUGGUGUCCUGCAACAACUCCGGAUGCUGCUUUUGAUCAAAAACCUAGUAAAUCAAACAUCGUAGUAAAGCGGCUUGUAACAGGAGGCUGCGACAACUCUGUCAAGAUAUGGAAAGAAGAAGGGGAUCGUUGGGAGGAAGACAAAAGACUUGAACUGCAUUCUGAUUGGGUUCGCGAUGUAGCAUGGGCUCCGAAUGUUGGACUUCCUCGAUAUCAAAUAGCUAGUUGCUCACAGGAUCGUCGAGUAAUUAUUUGGACAAGCGAAGAUUUACAGAAUUGGCAGUCAACAAUUUUGAAUCAUUUCGACGAUGUCGUUUGGAAUGUUAGUUGGUCUUUAACAGGGAAUUUGUUAGCCGUUUCAGGGGGAGAUAACAAAAUCAGUUUGUGGCGCGAGAGUAACGAAGGACAAUGGAUUUGCAUCAGUGAAGAUACGAACGCUGCUAACCAAACACAUCAACUGAGUCAGACACAGGCUAGUUUUGUCCCGGAACAAAGGACACUGUAAUUAUACUACAUUGUUUUUUACUUCGCUACCGAUAAUAAACAUUGAAUAAUAGUAAUAAAGAUUUAAGAUCAAUAAAAAAUUGUAUUGUUAACAGCAUG